GAGAUUGCCAGCCUGCAACCUGAGCUGUUUAAAGUGAAUGUCCACCGCCUCAAGCAUUAUCUGGGGGGUGAGGUCGAACGCGCAGUGUUGAUGGUUGAACUCGCGGACCCUUAGUGUCGCUGAUUGCGUCUAGCUAAAGAAAUAAAAGAAAACACUUGUGGGGAGGCAACCCCACCAUGGUUUGCAUUUCGUUUCCUUUUCUCCUUUAAUUUUUGGUCUUUGAUUCGUUUCGUGUGUGUCGAAGUACCUGCCUGCCUUGCUUUCGCGAUAAAUCCUCAAUACCUGGGUUGCAGAGGUUCUGCACGUCCACGCCACAGAAGUGUACGACCGCGUACUAUCCAGCCUUGCCCGUGCGUCCUCUCUGGAAAUCACACACGGGGAAAAGGGGCACCUGUACGGCCGGCCUACCCGUGCAGCAUUCUCGGCCGCAUACGAGCUAAUUCUGCGUUCGCACGAUCGUAUGGCCUGCCUAUGCAGAAUCCUCGGCCGCGUACAACACCUUCUGAUUCUACACGAUUGUACGGCCUGCCCAUACGAAUUGCCCAGUUUUCCUAUAAAAAUUCGUGCACGACCGUGCGACCCCAUUUUGUCACGAUUUCUCGCCAGAAUCCUCCCCCUUGCCAUAAAAUCGCGAUUUUUCAAACUAUUGGUCGAUUUUCUGGCCAUUUUCGGUCUCUUUUCGUGAAACCAACUCCAGAACCAUUCACACUUGCACCUCGCCAGCCUCUUCCUUCAUUUUGGUGAGAUUGGGGUUGGUUUUGGUUCGCCUGAGGUGAUUUCCGGUGAUACGCCGACGAGGCUUCGACGAGCACACUUUGGCAGAAUUUUGGAUUUUCGUCACUUCCAUUGCCUUCCCCUACACCUCUACUUGAGUCUCCAAGUUUUUUUUGCCCUCUACUUGGGUCUCUAUGGUUCGAAUUUACUUGAAAUCAAGUGUGGGGGUGUGCUAACCUUCACUUUCCUACUUUGUUGGCUCCAUUUAAUUUCAUUUUCUUGCAGGAUCAUGUCGAAGCCUAGCCUUAAGAAUCGGUUCAUCCAAGAUAUGAAUUCGGGUCCUCACAAAGCCAGUUUAAGCACGUCCUGGAGGCUAUGUUUGGCAAGCACCAUUUCUGGAGCAAGAGAGCAUUACAGAGCAUCAACUGCUAUGAUGCCCUCCAUGUUGUUUCUCGCAACCGAAUGUGGUGCCGCCUGCUAUCCCUGUAUGAUAGGGUCUAUUAUGAGUUGGUGAUCGAGUUCUACUCCACCUUUGAGCACACUGAGACCACCGAUUGGAAGGAUAGUGAGCCUAUUAAGUUUAGGCUGGGCGGUGAUUACCACUCCAUGAGCUACCACGAGUUUGCGGCUGCCUUCUCUUUCCAGACCUCCUAAUGCCAGCUUGCUCGGCCACCCUACGAGACCACCGCUGAGGGUUUCCCCGCCGCUCGGACGAAGGCCAGCACGCUGCAGACCGAGUAUCGUCUCCUCCACCACUUGUUUACGAAGUCCUAUGCUUCGAGUAGCGAGAGUGUCUACAUCCUAACCAAACGGUCCCUCUACUUCAUGCAUUUGAUCUAUACCGUCCACCACAAGCUGCACUUGGGGUCCGUUUAAGCGAAGACUUUCGCCAAGAGGGUUGUGACUUUGGGGACCCUCCACUACACUCCACUUAUCACCAUGUUGGCCACCCACCUUCAGUUUGAUUACCAGGAUUGCACGGACAAGGGCGAGGCAUGUUCUUUUGGGAAGGACACAGUUCCCAAGAUGCGGCUCCUGCGGGCGUCACAUGGAGUCAAGGGGGUCGAUCGACUGCCCAUACUAGCCAUCCCUAACCUAAUCGAGAUGGAGCAGGAUGCCGAGACUAGGGCUGAGGACGGCGCUGCUACCCAUCAGACAUUCCACUAUAGUACCUUUGAGCUUGGGGGUUGCAGCAUUUCUGUCUUGUCCCUAGAUUACUUCUCCCGCCAGUUCGAGCAGACGGGUCUCCAGUUUCAGUAGCUGGGUAUCCAAAACUAGCAGAUCAUGGACCAUAAGGUCCAGUUUCACCAGCAAUAUGAUGCCCAUCUCGCGGAGUACACCUCCCGCAUGGCUUCUUAUGACAAGCACCUUGACCGCAUGGAUGCUCAGUUGGGCAUCACCCUUGCUCAUAUCGAGCUUGAGUGCGGCCGAGCCCGCAGGAUAAAGGAGGUGCAGCAAUACUUGCUUGCGUAGGUCCCAGGUAACUCACCCGCCUGGCAGACCCCAUGGGAGGCCUCGCUACUACCAUCACCUUCGCCGAGUGACGAUGACUAUAUGAGGGACAUCAACUUCGACAUCACCGGUGACGAGUAGGUUCUACUCGUCAGCCCUUUCAGUGUGUUCUUUUGUGUUAUGUUUUCUCCAUGUGUUUACAGAGCUUGACUUGUGUCGUUUGUGUGUUUGGUUUGAUUUUCGUUUUUCUUUGUGUGCCCAUUUGGGCUGGUGAUAGACCGUUAAUUACACAUGUUUUCACCCCUGUUCUUACACCGUUUGAGAUGUGAUUUCUCGUAUUUUAGACCAAUUUCACGCUAGGUUGUGCUUGUUUGUGAUAUUUCAGGUCCUGGCAAGUGAAUGAAGGUUUAGGAGCGAGUUCGGGGUCGAUUGGGCGAAGAUCGGGCGCGAGACAAGUCACAAAGGAGGUCACACGGGCACACCCACAACUCACACGGCCGUGCAAGUGACCACUUUGGCCGUGUGAGAUUGUGCGAGAGCAAACACGGCUUGCCCUGAUGUUCACACGGUCGUGUGAAGGAGUGGUUUGGCCGUGCGAGUUUCGCCGAGAGCAAACACGGGCAGAUGGAAAUCUCACACGGCCGUGUGACCCUGGCCGUGUGAGAAGCCUGAAGAUCGAACUAAUUGGAACGCAGCGUUUUGACUCACACGGGCAACUGGGUAAGCCACACGGCCGUGCCACCCUGGCCGUGUGAGUCGGGAUUUUCUGCUUUUAAGCAGAUUUUCAGCCACAAGUCGAGGGGAUUCGAGUUUUUGAGAGAGAGAACGAUUCCUAGAGAGAGAAAGCGACGAACAAGAGUCUCCAAGUGCCCUAGAUUGAUCUUCAACACCAUUGGAGGCCAGUUUGAGCUUGGAGAAGUGCCGAUCAACGUCUAGGAGGAGGAAUCCAUCCUUCACAGUAUGAAUUCCGCGUCUGAUUCUGCUUUUGCUUCUUUCUCCAUGGAGUAGUUCUCCCAUUCAUCUGGGUAUGGAGAACCCUAGAUUUGUAUGUUAGGCUUUGAUUGUAUGAACCCAAGUACUGAUUCUAUGAUUUGAUUAUAUUCGAUUGAGGUUUGAAUGAUUGAAUGACUUGAAUCCUGAUCAAAUUCCUGUUGUUUCUGCUUUAACCUAGAAUGAGAAUAUCUGCCUAGGUUGAUAGAGCAUCCUUGAUUGAAGGUAGGGAGUUGGUGACUUUAGUCGAGGAGCCAACUCACUAUUCUGUACCGGAUUUACUCCGGUAGUGGAGGUUUUGUUUGUUAAGGCCUCAAUCUGUUUACUCCGGUGGAGGUUAGUCGCCCGCUAGAGACUCAGAUUGAGAGGGUCUGAAGACCUUUAGUCGAGACUUCAGGCUGUUUAAGAACCUUCCACAAUAUAACUAUCAUAGAAAC